AUGUCAACUGUCACAAGCUGUUCUGCUCUUCUGCUGCACACAUCUAACAGCAAGAUGGAGAGUUUUGAAGAAAAUAAUGGAGAUAAAGAUAAACUAUUGGAACCACCAAGUGCAACCGAUUUGUACACAGAGGAAGAUGAUGUGAAAGCUACAAUUAAGCCCCGCUUAUCUCCACUUCCCAGAAGACGAGCAUCAUCUGUAUCUUCGGAUGAUGGGGAGCUGGAACCACCACCUACAGUUACAAGAAAGGUGUCUUUUGCAGAUGCUUUUGGCUUUGAUUUAGUUUCUGUCAAAGAGUUUGAUACAUGGGAAGUACCAAUUGUAUCACAAACUUUUGAAACAGAGAGCACCAACAUUGAGGAAUUUUAUUUAACUCCAAGCUUCAUAUUACCUUCAAUUGGUGGCAUAAUGGAAAGUCUGCACACAAAAAAAGUGACCCUAGAAUCGGUGGAUUUUAUACCAGGCGUAACAAGUAUGAAGGGGAUUAUAAGAGUGCUUAAUUUGUCUUACGAAAAGCAGCUCUAUGUAAGAAUGUCUCUUGAUGACUGGCACAGCUUUUAUGAUCUACUAGCAGAAUAUAUUCCUGAUUCUUCUAAUGGGAAAACUGAUCAGUUUGGUUUCACUAUUUCAUUAGUUAGCCCCUAUCAAAAAGAGGGUGCACGGGUGGAGUUCUGUAUAUGCUAUGAAACUGCCAUUGGUACAUUUUGGGAUAACAAUGAUGGAUGUAAUUAUGUGCUAACAUGUCAGAAAAAGGAAAAGUUUGUGGAAGUUGAUAAACCUUCAGAAGAUGUAGCAGACAAAAAUAAGAAAAGUUGUCUUAAGCCAGCAGUAAGUAAAGAAGAUGAGGAUAUGGACGUAUUUGCUGCCGAAGAACCUGCAGUAACAGAACAACAUAUCCCCAGAAUCAUUUGUACCCAUGAUGAAUACACUGAAGGCAACAAUGAUGAGCAAAGGGAAGAUACAAGAGAAGAAACGAACAAUGCGGAAGAAAGGGAUCUGGAAGUGUUUUUAAGUCAACGUCUCAUGAAUGCCAGAAUCACAUCUUCUGAUGAACAGUACAACACUGAGACUUCUGAUUUGUUUAAUUUACAAACAGAAAAGGAACAAUAUGAUGAAAUCAAAUAUCAUUCUGAAACACAAGACCAUUAUUCUCAGUCUCAGUCUCCUGAUAAUAAAGAGGAAUAUCCUCCAGUGGCUGAGCCCAACCCUUCAUUGGUAGCUGAGGAUUUUUCAAACACCAGCCACCAUUCUGCAGAGGCAUUAUCACAUGAAUAUUCAAAAGUAAUUGAAGAAGCUGCAUUCUUUCCAGCUGAGCUAAAAAGGGACACAAGUGACAUUUGCCAAGAAACAUCUGAAGCUCCACCUUUUGUACAAGAUGAGAAUAUGAAGGUAACAGAAAUUUUGGAUCAUAACGCAAAUCCAAGUUAUAGUGAAAAUCCAGUUCACAUGGCAUAUUUUUCAACAGAUAAUACUAAAGAAAUGCAAUAUGAACAUAGUGAAAACAUAAAAACUGAAACUGAAAACAGCCAAGAAGAUAAUAAUGUCCCCACUGAAUAUGAUGGUACAGAAGGUUUAGGAAUACAAUACCCAAUAACAUUUCCACAGCUGGAUGACUAUCAGGAUUUGUUGUGUCAAUAUGAACCUUUUAGUAGUGUUGACCCUCCAGAACAUGUAGAGGCAAACCAAUCAGCUUCAAGUCCUGCUAUUUCCGGUGAUGUUCACUUUUUUAAGGAGAGCAAGGUGGAGGGGAUAGAUGAAGAAACAAGUCAUACCAAAAAUGUAACUGCUGGCUUGUCCCAAGAUACGGAAACCACAGAUGCCAUGAGUGUGUUAUUAGAAGAAAAUAAGUAUGUUACUGUUGAAACUACAGAUCUUUCAGGCUUUCAAAGUGUGCCUUUACAAAUAUCCAAACAAUACUUUGAUACAACGCAAAAUCCUAACUCUAGACACACUGCUCAGGAAACUGACAAUAAAUAUGGCAUGCGUGAUAGAAAUGUGGUUUUAUCCGAUAAUAAUGACUCAUAUGAUAUUACGUAUCCCUCAUAUGAAGAUAAAGGAAUAGCGUCAGAUCAAACAGACAGAACAAUUUUUGAUACUACAGAGACAAAACCUUCCUGCGAAACGGAAUCACUGCCUGAGUGUCCUCCUUCUAUAGCAUGCAGUACAGCUGAAAAUGUGUCCCUUGGCACAUUACAUGUGUGGAAUGAAAUGCUGGGACCAUUUCCAAGUGAAGUGACACCGGGAAACAAGGUCAUCAUUGCAAAGAUUACAGAAGAAAAAGGUCAAAGUGAAACAUGUUCUCAAGGUAGAGAUGACAGUAAAAGGUCAUAUAUAGAUCUGUGUGACAGUGGUAGUGAAGCACAGCUAACAGAUAGUAGUGCAAAGUCUAAACUUAAAAGAGGAGAUUUAGAUCAUACUAGUAAACCUAUGCAUGUACCUUGUGACAGGGAAGGAAUUGAUGAUAUUGAAGGUGAAAAAAUAGAUACAAGUAAUCUGAGAACACUUUCUAAAGAAGGCACAGGAUAUAUGCCCAAAGAACUAGGUAACUACGAAUAUGAGAAUAGGUUAAAUGAUGUACUUGGUGAAAGUGAUAUACAUAAUGCAGAUCUAAAUCAUGUUACUCAACCCAGUAACUCGAAGAGUUUUACAGAACUGAGGGAGGACACAGAUGUAAGAUUGUUGGAAGACUUCACUAAGGAAACAAAUGGUAAGAAGGUUAUAGAAUAUGUAGACCUUGAGCUGAAAGUAAUCACAGAAGAAGAUGUGGACAUUGAGCAAGAUAGUCCAGAGCAGACAUUUAUGGGGCCAUCUAUUCUUAUUAGUGGGCCUGAUGAUGAAGAGGAAAGUCAGAGCACAGAUACAGAAGAGCAAGGGAAACCAGAGGACACACAUCAGUAUUAUUACCAUCCCUUUACUGAUGAUGAAAUGCAUACAGACCAGGAAAUCACAACUGAUACAGAGACCAGAGAGGACUUGAAUAUUAGCCAUGCAAGUUCCAAGGUCUUUUGUUUUAUAAUGUUUGUGGUGUUUGCUGGUCUGAUGUAUCAUUAUGAUUUCUUGGUAUGUUUUGCCCUCUACCUUUUCUCAUUGUACUGGUUGUACUGGGAAGGAGACAGAGGAAAAACUAUGGUAAGAAAGGAGUAA